AUGAAGAAUUACUUACGAAGAGGUCCUGGUUCAAGUGGAACCAUAGUACGAAGGUCACAGGAUUAUUCAAAGACCCAUAAGUUCUGGGAGACUCAACCUGUUGCCCAGUUUAAGGAUAUCGGAGACACGAGUUUGCCUGAAGGCCCAAUUGAGCCCGUAACUCCGUUAUCUGAGUUCAAGCAAGAACCGUACAUCCUUCCUGAUGCUCUCGAGUGGACCACAUGCGAUAUGAACUCUGAUGAUAUGUGUUCACAGGUGUACAAUUUUUUGAAGGAAAACUAUCCUGAUGAGAGAAGUCCGUUCAGGGUUGAUUACUCGAGGGAGUUUCUAAGGUGGGCAUUAUGUCCACCUGGUUAUCACCAGAGCUGGCAUAUUGGAGUCCGUGUCAAGACCUCAAAGAAACUCGUUGCUUUCAUCAGUGGCGUGCCAGCAAGAAUCAAAGUGCGUGAUGUGGUUGUUAACAUGGCAAAGAUCGAUUUCUUGUGUGUUAUCAAGCAAUAUAGGUCUAAGGGAUUUGCUCCUAUCCUGAUCAAGGAGGUGACUAGAAGGGUUCAUUUGGAGAAUAUAUGGCAAGCGGCUUAUACCUCACUUGAUAUACUUCCUACACCAUUCAGCAGUUGCCAAUACUGGGGCAGACUCCUGAACCCUAAGAAGCUAAUCGAUGUUGGGUAUUCAGAGCUUCGUCAAAGAAUGACAAUGAGCAGGGCCGUCAAACUUUACAAGUUACCAGAUGCACCGAUCACUCCUGGAUUUAGGGAAAUGGAACGACGUCAGUGGCGGAGUGUUACAAGGUUGCUCAGGAAAUACCUUAGCCAGUUUGGAGUUGCGACUGACUUUGAUGAAAUCGAGCACUGGCUUCUCCCAAGAAAAGAUGUCGUCUACAGUUACUUAGUAGAAACUCAUGACGUCAUCACUGACUUCUGCAGCUUCUACGCUGUUCCUUUCACAAUCUCUGAUAACCCGAAGUACACAACAGUGGAAUGUGCUUACUCUUACUACAAUGUCGCGGAAACGACCUCGUUUCCCAAGCUGAUGAAUGAUGUGCUAAUUGUCUCUAAGAAAAAAGGUUUCGAUGUGUUUAACGCGUUGGAUGUGAUGCACAAUAAGAGUUUCUUGAAAGAGUUGAAGUUUGAUGAUCCAGGAGAUGCUGCUAAGCUUCACUACUAUCUCUAUAAUUACCAUUUGAGGAGUGCAUUGAAGCCAUCAGAACUUGGGCUUGUUCUCUGGUAAGCUAGCUCUUCAGUAACUUGAUCUUUUUUUAAUCUUAUAUUUUGGUUCUUCUUUAUCUGGACUACUUCUCCCAUGUUUCAUGCGUUACUGAAACAUUUUGAAAUAUUUGGAA